CAUUCCUGGGGUCACACGUGGAAUCCUCCCUGGUGAUUCCCAGUGAUGAACCCAAGAGCUUGGCUGGAUGUGGGAUGUGAUGGCACAGAUGUGCUGGGGAAUCUCGGGGUGGAUGGGAAUGAUGUGUUCCCAGGAAGGAACAGCCCUGGUAGUUCCUGCUUGGGAACUACCCUGGAUCAGGGGGGCUCGUUCUGCUUCUCCCCAGGUGAAAUUUGUUUCCAGGCUGCAGGAAGUCUGAAAUGACACAGAGCCUGGGCUGGAAACAGCAUCUCUUACUCCACCCAGGUUUGAGUUUUCUCAGGGCUGAGGCAUUUCAGGGGAUGUUGCACAACCACCUCCAGAACACCGCGACCCCGGCACCGCCCCAAAGCUGGGCAGGCUCCCAGAGAGUCAGUGCGCCCUGAGAACCAUGGAUCCAUCCCAGGGAUGCUCAUCCCACAGGCCUGAGCCCCAUUUCCUCCCUCUUCCAGCCCCCUGGCCAGGUGUUUCGGAGCAGGGACGGGCCGGGGUUUCCGAGGGCGGGGGGUUGUUGACACCCCGAGCCCGUUCCUGCGGAUGCGCCUCUUGCAGCACCUUCCUGCGGCUGCGGCUGCGCCUCCCGCCCAGAGCCUGCGGUUGGGGCGGGGGGUUUCCUGUCGUGCCAAUGCCACGAGGCCGGGACAACACCCAGGACAAUACCCCCGAGAGCCCCUCCGAGCAUCCUGGGGAUGGUGCAGAGAGAAGGAGCCCGGCACAAGGGCUGUGCAAAAACAUCAAGUCAGGCCCUCACCCUCCUCCACCUCGUGUGCUAAAGCGUUUCCCGGUGCUGAGGUAUCUCAGGGCACCCUGCUCCCCUCCCUGGCCAUGCCCACACCGUGCCCGCGGGGGUGGCAGCCCUGGCACCAGGUUUGCCGUCACUUCUGCUUUCGGAGCGACGCGAGCCCUGGAGCGCAGCUGCUCCGCGGGGCCGCCGGUGGGGCCGAGCCCUCCGAGGAAGCCCCCUUUUUUGGGGUGCAGCCCACACCCUGCCACCCUCCCCGGGGGUGCCCGCAGCCCCCCAGCCCUCGCUGGCCCCGCUGUCGCCGUGACGUCCUUCCCCCCGCGGGUUCUGAAACCGCAGCCGCUUUUCCGCGCUCCCUCCCUUUCCCCGCCCGGCCGGAGGUGCAGGAGGAGGGUGGCCCACGACGCCCCGCGGGUGCCGGUGCUAGGGCCGCCCUCGCCCCCCGCCCCGUGCCAGCCCUCGCCGGUGAGUCCUGCAGUUGGGAUCCCACCGCGUCCAUCAGCACAGGUCCCAUGGCGCUGGGCCGGGCCGUGCUGGUGCUGCUGGUGCUGAGCCCCCUGUGGGCGUGUGGGGCUGAGCUGCUGGAGCCAGGGCUGCCCUGGGGCGGGCAGUGGGUCUGGGGGGAAGCCAAGCCCCUGCCCCUCUCCCGUGGGAAGAGGGAUGACAGUGGGCAGGAGCCCGGUGCAGCCACGAUGAUCGGCAGUGACGAGAGCGAUGGUGGCUCCGUGCCACCACCAGCAGCCGGCACCAAGGCCAGCCUGCUCCGAGUGCCAGCCACAGCCGAUCCCAUGGAUGAUUCCCCUGAGCCUGAGCUGCUCCUGAGCUCUGCAGCACCAGUGCCCAGCACCAACACUAGCCUGCUCCAGGUGCUUGCACACACCACAGCCGAGCCUAUGGAUGAGACAGAUUCCCCUAAACCUGAGUUACUGGAGGACUCUGUGGCACCAGCAGUGCCCAGUGCCAGCACCAGCCUGCUCCGGGUGCCUGUAGUGCCCACCACAGCUGAUCCCAUGGAUGAGACAAAUCCCUCUGAUCCCGACCUGCUCCUGAGCUCUGCCCCACCACCAGCACCCAGCAGCGAGGCCAGCCGGGCACUGGUGGUGCCAACCACAGCUGAUCCCAUGGAUGAGACCGAUUCCCCUGCUCCCGAACUGCUGCCAGACUCAGAGCCUGCCACACCGACAGCAGCCCAAAAGAGCAUUGGGAACCCCACCACCCCCAGCUGGCUCAUCGAGGAGGACGCAGUGACUGAUGGCCUGGACAGCAGCUCCUCCACGGGGCCGCUCUCAACAACCCCCCCAGCCUUUGUCCUCACCAGCACGGGCUACAGGAAACCCAAGAAAUCCGGAUCUCCGCCUGCAUCGACCCUCCCGGCCACUUGGGACACGACGCCGGUGGCCACCGCCGUGCCCUGGGAGCCCAGCUGGGUGAUGAGCAAGUGCCUGCUGGCCAUCCUGCUGCUGGGGCUGGUGGCCGCCACCUUCCUGGUGUGCACGGGGGUGCUGGGGACGCUGCUGUGGCGGCGGGCGCGGACGGGAGAGCGCCGCUUCAGCCGCACCGAGAUGGUUUGUAUCUCCUCGCUGCUGCCCGACGCCGAGGCGGCCGCCGGUCCCCGGCCGGUCCCCGCUCGGAGGCACAAGCUGCUGCUGCCCGACGGCAGCACCGAGCCCGAUGGAGACAACCUGACUCUCAGCAGCUUCCUGCCGGAGCACUCCUGAGCCCCAGGGAUGGCUCCUGCAUCCCGCAGAGCUGCGGGGCCGCGGGCAGGGUGCCCCUGUCCCCCCGGUGUUUUCGCUUGGACCACUGUGACGGAGCUGCGCCCCCGAGGCGCAUCCCAUUAAAGAGUUAUCCGGACACGGUGGUCUUUUCCUGGCAGGGAGGGCACUCGCCAGCCCCCUCCCGGCCCCGCCGCCUGCCCACAUCCUGCUGCCAAAAUUUCGCUUCUCCAUCCUCCCCCUCAAAGCCCCUGGGGGAGCAGAAACGAAACCCGCGGUCGCUCCUCGCCAGACAGGGACCAGACCCCGGGACUUUGGGGAUGGGACCGCAGCCCCCGGGAUCUCCUGCCCGCGUGGGCUCGGCCUCGUGGGAGCGGGAAGGGCGGGGGGGACGGGGCGGAAACGCGGGGGGACGGGGACAGGGACAGGACGGGUGCUCUCGUGGCACAACGUGUUCCUGCCUGCGGUCGCUGCAGCGAGGCGGGGACGCCUCCGGAGGCUGAGCCGGCCGCUGUCUGUCAGGUGCUCGGCCCCGGGGAGAACGGUGGCCGCAGGGUCUCGGCAUCAUCCAGCUGGGACUGGGAGGAAUGGGGAGAGCAAAUCCAUGAGAGGGCAGAGAAGGUCCUACCAUUUCCCCCGCUGAGGCAGGUGUCAGUCACCCCUCAGGCCACCUUGGGGGAGUGGAAAUAGGCCAGGACUGUCCUGCCAGGCUCAAUGUCCCCAUUUUUCCAUUUUACUCCACUCAGGCUCCCCAACCCCACAUCCCCAUCCCUGCUGUUACCAGCUUCAGUGUCCCAUCUUUCCAUCCUCACCCCUGCCCUGCCAGAUUCAGCAUUCCCAUUCCCACAUCCCCAUAUCCCCUUCCCCAUAUCCCCAAGCUUGCAGCCUCCUCGAAGGCCACUCUGGGCUGGCUGUCCAGGAGCAAUUGCCAGCGUGGUCAUUCACCUGCAUCCCAGCCCUGCUGCCUGUUUACAUUCACCCUGAGCUUGGGAUAUUUUCCAUCUGGAUCCUGGCAGCUGCACAGCCCCGCUCCGGCUGUGAAUGUAAAUGUUUAUGGGUGAGUCAGGCGGGCCCACAGCUGGUGGCUGUGGCCUGUCCCCACGCAGGACACCCUGCCAGUGGGCUCCUUGCUGAUGCCACCCUGCUCUGUCCCACUGUGUCCCCACGCCAGCACCCUCCCAGCCAAAGCAGCCACAGGGAAAGAGGGAUGCUCCCAUCCUCUGGCCUCACCCCACAGCAGCUCAUCCAGCCUCUGCCCCCGGUGAGGAUGAGGCUGGUGUGUCCUGAGGAACAGGAGGGGUGCAGAUCCGGGGGAUUGCUCCCACUCCCGGCCUUGUGCCAGCCGCUCUCCAGCAGGAGCCCAGCGAAGAGAAACUUUCUUUCACCGCGGGAGCCGGGAAUCGCCCUAUUUGGCGCAGUCAGCAGGUCCUGUCGGGCUGCCAUCGCCCACCUCACGGCACAGGAAUUCACGGGAAGCCUGCGCGGUGUCACAGCAGGAUCCUCGGGGUGGGGUGCAGUGGGGUGGCACGGGGCCGUGGUGGGUGACAGAGGGCCGGGGGUGGCACGGGGCUGUGGUGGGUGACAGGGGUGGCACAAUCCCACGCACGACGCUGCACAUGGAGCUCCACACGCCUCGUGCAUCUCUGCAGGACGGGCGCCCUCCGGGUAUUUUGCUGGCACAGCAAAGCGCAGCCCAGGGAAGCAAAUUAGAAGCAGAGCAAGGCUGAAAUGCCUCAAAUUGCCGGUUCCCCGGGCGGGCUGUGCCGCCGAGCCCAGCCCUGCGCGGCCGCGCGUUCCUGCUGCCCCAAAUUACACGGCGGGGCCGGCCCUGCCCUGCUCGGAGGGGCCGGCCCGUGCCCGCUGCAGGCAAAAACGGCAUCCUAAUGGGCGGUGGGAGCUGGCACCGGGAACUGGGACGGGGAUCCCGGCUGCGAGGGUGGGGACACUGGGCAGGGAGGGAUGAGGACUCUGAGCAAUGAAGAGAGGAAGGGUGGGAUGGGAUGCAGAUCCUGGAAAAGGAGGGAUGGAGGCUGUGGGUGAAGCAGGAUGGGGAUCCUGGCUGGGAUGGGAUGGAGCUCUUGGAUGAGCAACAAUGGGGACUCUGGACGAUGUGGGAUGCAGACCCUGGACAAUGAAACUGAGCCCAACACCGGCAUUACUGGGUGCGUGGGGGGAACUCAGCCCCAGCCCCACCUGGGCUGCAGGAGCAGGGCCGGAUGCUGCUUGAACUCCUCGCCCUCCCCUCGCCUUUCCCCCUUCCCCUCUAAGAUUUCAUCACUGAGCACUUAAGGCCGGGAAAAGCCGCCCGAGCAGCUGCAGGGAGCUGCCGGGGCAGCCAGACGGACGGAGCCUUUAUUUCGGGGAGCCGCGACGCCGGCGGCGACGCCGGAGAAACCCCAGCGGCGCCAGCCCCCCUCCAGCCGGGGGGACAGGAUCCCUGCCCCCCACCCCGCGGGGGUCACGGUCCCCAGGCGCUGGCCAUGGCUUUUUGGGGGGUCUGGCAGGUCCCCAGAGAGGAGCAGAGGAAAAUAGCAACAGGAUGAGGUCACGCAGCGGCUGCAGCCUCUUGAGCAACCUCAGGCCAGGCCGAGGGGACCAGGGCAGGGGGAGAGAGAGACUGGGGGGGCUCAAGAGAUGCCCCCAGACCCCAAGACUGGAGACCAGCACCCGGGGAGCUGAGCAGCUGCUGUGUUUGCCUGGGGAAGCAGGGGGACCCCUGCCUGUGUCCCUGCCUGCACCCCAAGGCAGAGGUGCCCAGGCCAGAGCAUGUCCAGGCUGGGAUUUUAGGAAAUGUUCUUCUGGAAUUAUGGUGAUGGUCCUAAGCCGUGUUUGCCCCACUGCCUCAAUAAUGCCAGGGCGCUGAGCCCACAUCUCUCACUGUCCCCCUUGGACCCUUGGAUAGGCUUUACCCCCACCUUAGUGGAUAAAAACAACAUUAAAAACAACCCCCUGUGUGACCCUCAUCCCCACUUGCACCCCAAAAUGUGGCCCCUCCCGGGGUUGAUGACGGGGGGCACCGUGGCUCCUUUGCUGACGGGAUAAGCCAGGAAACACCCCCAGCCCCAGCUGGAUUUCAUCUGGGAGGGGGCUGGGGGCU